UUUGUUUUAGAAUUGUGAGUUCUUCUUCUAAACGUUAUGGAAGUUUGGUCCACAGUAUAAUAUUAAUAAAAUGAAUUACUCAAUUAGUAUGAUUUGCGAAAGAUCCAUGAUUUGUGUUGGACAACUUCAUCUGAUACUCGGAUGGAUAUCAGCACCAAGAGGAUCAUGAGUAAGGGUAUAGAAUCGUGACUGGCCACUAACUUGAACAAAGAUGAGCGUGCAGACUUUGCCAGCUGAAGUUAUCAGCAAGCUUCGUUCAGACGUGGCUGUCACAAGCGUGUGUCACUGUGUGGAGGAACUUGUGCUGAAUUCUUUGGAUGCUGGUGCUACCUGUGUCGCUGUCCGACUGGACUUGCCUUAUUUCAAAGUCCAAGUAGUGGACAAUGGACGUGGGAUUCCUCCAGAGCAACUGGAAUUAAUUGGAGAACGAUACACAACUAGCAAGUGUCAUACGAUAGAGGACCUUAACAAGUCAAGGUUUUAUGGUUAUCGUGGAGAAGCUCUUUCAAGUUUGCAGAAUCUCUCGGGAUUCUUAGAAAUCACAAGUUGCUCCCAGAAUACUCAGACAUACACUAAACUUUUCAACCAUGGUCAUCCAACUAAAGUUUUUAAGUCGUGCCAACAACGGCCUAGUAUCGGUACAACAGUGUCUGUUUCAGAUUUUAUGUAUAAUCAGCCAGUUCGUAGGAAGUGCAUAUCGGAAGCAUUAGAGUUUGGUUCCUGUCGGCAGACACUAGCCGCUAUUGCACUGAUUCAUCCCCAAGUGUCUUUUUCAUUACGUAAUGAUGUUACAGGAGAAAUAUGUCUUCAGACUCAUAAAUGUCAGUCUGUGUUGAAAACGUUUCAGUAUUUGUUUGGCGAGUCAAAAGCUAAACAUCUGAGAGAAAUUAGCCAUAUAUCAGGUGACUACAAAAUUGAGGGUUUCAUCAGUACAAAGGGACAACUUUCGAAAGACCUUCAGUUUGUCUAUGUUAACAAAAGACUUGUCUUGAAAAGCAAGAUUCACAAAGAAUUAAACACACUGUUCAGCAAGAACAUCUGUAGACAAAAAGAUUUCUCUUCUCCUACAGUCUCGACAUCAGCAAUGUCGAAAGCUACAAGAAACUAUGAUCUUCAGAGUGUUUAUAUGUUGAACUUAAGUUGUCCUUUUGGGAUGUACGACAUUAGUUUUGAACCCAGAAAAACACUUGUAGAGUUCUGUCACUGGGACACAGUUGCUUCAUGCAUAUUUGAAGCAGUUUCUGGGUUUCUGAAGAAUAAUAACUUAUCUCCCAGUCCUCAUCUUCACGAUAAUAUCACAACACACCAGUCAAGAGAUAAUGAGUUUACCAAAAGUGGUCAUCGAGGUCAACAAAAAAUGCUGACUAAAAACCAGGUAGUUGCCCACUGUUGUGAGUUUACAACUGAUAACAUGAAAGCUGCACUUUUCUCUAUGAAAGCCAAGCGUCUUCAGAGAGAAAAAAUAUCAGAAACGGGUGGUGAUGAGAAUGAAUCUUACUCUUUUGUAAGAAAUAAUGAACAUUUUCAGCCCACUUUUUCGAAUAAGAAUCCCAGUUUUGACUCUAGCAGUGAAAAAAACAUAAUUUUACCAAACACUCUGGAAAAGGGUCUUUUCCAGGCUGACCCUAUAUGUGUAGAAGAGUUUCCUAAUCAAUCCCAAACCAUACACUUACAGGAGUAUCCUGAUCAGGCCCAUCCAGCUAUGUCAGAUAAAAACAUUUUAAAAAAUUGUGACAUAGGGCCUUCUGUUAUCAAAACUCCAGAAAUCCAACAGGAGGGGAAUAAGAACAGAAGGAAAUUGUUUUUAACUUAUACUAAUGAACUAAAGAAUCAUUUAUCUUCCCUACAGACCCUGAAAACCCAACAUAAUGGAGAUCAGAAGUUUGUAAAUACUUGUCUAAAUGGUGAACUUUCCAGGGAUUGUUCAAUGCGUAACAAUAACAAAGAAAUUUUUCCAAUGAGAAAACCAAUAACACUGAAAUCAUCAGGUUUUUGUAGCUCCCUUAGCAUGCUUUCCAGAAGGAAGAAUAAAGAUAAAAAGCUCACACAGCUCAAAGAACAAUUUAAAUUUUGUUCCCGUAAAACUACGCAAAGAAUACAAGAGAAUUUUGUACCUAAUAGUAUUGUUCAGAGUUCCUCAGCCAUAAGAGAUGGUACUAUAAUGGCUGAGAAAAGUAACUCAGAAAAACUUUUCAACAAGUAUUUUAAAAUUGAAAGGAAACCAGAUAUUUCUUACCCUGGAUCAGGUUAUGAAAGAAGAAGUUAUGUGACAAAGCCGAUGGAAAACAAUGUUUCAGUGGGGGAUGUAGCAAAUAUUAAUGAUGUGGAGUUGACUGAGAAGGGUUUUGAUAAAGUUAACAGGAACAAAGACUACUGUGGAAUUUUAAUUACAAAUAAUGUAUCGGAUAACAAUUGUGAAUUGAAUAUUAAAAAUAGUAUGAAAAACAUGUCAAAGGAUGGCCCUACAGUCAUUAGCAGUGAGAAAUUGAAUCCAAUGAACAUUCCUGAUGAUGUUACUAAUAACUUUGAUAAUAUGGAAGUUGAAAAUUCUAGCAGCAUGCAACAAAUGAAAGGUGUUAGUAAAUGGGAUUUAAUUAAUAGAAGAACGCAAAGGAGACCCUAUUCGUGUAAUACUUCUGCUGGUUGCAAUCUUCACGCAUGGUCUACCACGAACAGUUUUAUCUCCUCCUACAAAGACUUGAAAGAGAAUGGUUGCAUCAUUAACACAGACUCAUCAAUUCAAAGCAGCAUUUCCUUCCCAAGUAUUCGAACUGAAGUAUUUGCGGUUUGUUCUGUAGCCGAUCAUAGGAAUUGUGUUCAGAAUAUGAAUAAGUCAAAGAGUUGUUUGUCAGCUGAUACAUCUCAAACAAAAGUACGUGAAACUACUGUUAGAACAAACCUUCGAACGUCAUCUCCUGUACGUUUCAAUGAUUCAGAGGCAUGUUGUUCUCAGCCACCUACUACUUUGAAAGUUACAGGUCUACCCUUCACUUAUCAGCCACCACUUUGCAUUGAUAACUGUGAAUACAUGACUACACCCACAUACGACCAAGGCAUGACCUAUUUGAACCAGCAAAAUAAACCUAAAAUUAGCAACUUAAACAACGGAAAUCGUAAAGCAUCUCAAGGAAACAAUGAAAAUCUUAUGUCUGCUACUCUAGAACCCCAGAUGUAUGAAUCAAACACUGAACUUCCUAGAAAGUUCUCUGAUAGGUAUAAUGUUUUGCCAUCUUUAAAUGAGGAACACAGAUCAACAGAAAAUGCUUACAUUUUGAACAAAAGACCUAGCUUAGAAAAUUCGUAUCACAGUUCUAGCAAUGUAUUUGUACAUCAUGAAAAAUGUGAUGUAUUUAGUGAUCUACAAGAUUUUGAAAAAGAUCAAAACAAAUCUUUGUGGAAAUUGCAAAGUUCAAUCAAAACAUCAAGUAAAAGUAACUUAGAAUAUAAAAGCCAUUAUUUUAGAUUGUACUCUGCAAUAAAUCCUUUGGUAUAUCUUCAGAAAUCUAAACCUUCUGUGCCAAAACAAACAAGUCAUGCAAAAUCAAACAUACGAAAUCAAGAUUACUGUAGUUCAAAUGCAGAAAGGAGCUGUGAAGAGGAAAUUAUGCCAAAGACAAACAACAGUCAUUCAUUUCAUAUUACAAAUCAGUUCUAUGAAGAUAAGAGAACAACAGUAGCCAUAUAUGAUUGUAGUAGAUUAUCACCUGUAGACAAAAACAAUCCAGAUAAAUUAUCAUCAGGAAACAUUAGUGAUCCAGAUAAACUGUUGCCCACAAAUAAGAGUCAUUCAAAUCAGCUAGUGAUCACAAGCAAUAACAAUUCAGAUAGAGUUACAGAUACACUGUCAUUUGUAGACAGUUCUGUUUCAGACAGAGUAUCACCCACUGUCAACAAUAAUGCAGAUACACUAUCAUUCUUAGACAGUUUUAUUUCAGAUAGAUUAUUAUUUACAAGUAAUGGUAAUUUGACUAAAUUAUCACCAACACUCGAUAACAAUCAAAGUAAACUGUCACCCACAAACAGCAGUAAACUAGAUAACACGUUACUCACAAAAAAUGUUUACCAAAUUGAAGUCUCGACCACUAAAAAUUCAGAUGGAGCUUUGUCUUUACAAGAAAGCAAAUCAAACAAAAUCUCAGAAACUAAUCAAAACUUUAAAACUGUAGAUAUUUUAGUAAGUAGGAGUGAACCAUUUUCACGUGAAAUACAUUUAACACUUCAUUCUCAAGAUAAAGAUUCAACAGAAGUCAUCCAACAAGAAAAGAUGCAUCCCAUAUACUUCCAGGAUUUAGUAGAAAGACCUGCUUCCUAUAAUUUUGUAGAAACACACAACUUUUGUGAUAAUAAAUGUAUAGAACAUUUGAGUAAUAACUUGGAUGAAAGAGCACUUGAAUCAACUGAUCCAAACUGCUCAGAGUUAACAGAAAAAUUUGAUACUCUUACAAAUCACGAGGACAGAAGGAACCAGUUACACAGAACGUAUAGUAAAGGUUUAGUAGAAGCUAAAAAUGAUAUUAUUUAUCAAGAUACUGUAAAACUACCAGUGGCAGUAGAUGAACCAGAUGUUUUACUUGUUCAGAAACUUCCAGGAAGAUAUAAAUUUGUACCUGACUCUAGUAGUAGGGAAAGCUCUACAGUCAGUUCUGCUUCUGACAGUUUUAAGCAAUCCAUCACAUCAUCUUCGGGAGCACCAAGCCUAUCAAAUACUUUAGUAACUUUACCCAGUGAAUUUUGUGAUGACCAUAAAUCAGAAGCUUACCAAAGUGACCAUCAGCAAGAAAGCAGCUGUUUUCAAGAACUUGAAGAUAUGUUGUCUGAAAGAAAAGAGUCUAACCACGUAAGUAGUGAAUAUCGGGCCAAAAGUCAACCACUUAAAAGGUUCAGAGAACCUCUGUGUGUAGAAGACUGUUCUUGUGGAAAAUAUUCAAAAUUUUGUUGCACACUGCAAAGUGAUGAAAUUUACUAUAGUGAUUAUGAGAAACAAGAUGCAACACCAAAUAUAUCAGAAGACUCAUUGUCAAGGGCCUCAUCCAGUGAACCAAGUUUAAAGUCACUUGGUAUGUCUGAGUCUAGGACAGAGAAUAUGAAAUGCAGUAGUCAUCAACAUGAUGCUGAAUCUGUUAGAACAUCAAAAAACAUGUUUUAUAAUAAUCUAUCAUUUAGCUUGUCCAGGGAACAUCCUGAUAAUUUCAUGGAAGAUCAUUUACAACAAAACAUAGAGAGAAAAAAAUCACUUAAUCUAAGUAGUAGUGAGACUCGUGAACACACGCUGUCAUUUUUCAAAAACUCUUCAGUAAAUUCUAAAGACACAUCUAGCAUUGAUACAACAGAAGCUCAUCCCUCAUACUGCAGGCCUGUGAUAUACCAGAAGAGUGAAGGUCAGAAAUCAUGCUCGGAGGUGGACAGUUGUGAAAUGGAACGUGACCAGUGGUUGUGUUGGGUAGAUCCUAUAUCUGGUCAGAAACUAUACAUCAACAAAGUGUGUGGAAAUUCCACUUACCUCCCCCCAACAACUUUAAAGAGUGUAGAAGAGAAUCAAAGCAGAGAGUCAAAACAACACUUUUUUCUGAGCCACAACAGUUCUCCAUUUCUAAAAAAGAAAGAAAAGGAGCCGACCACGAUUGGAAAGAGUGUGGACGAUAUUCAUUGUAUGCUGAAUAACUGUCUGGAACAGCAGCAAACUGAGGACCUAGGAAAAAAGUGGAGAGUUACUAAGGAGAAAGUUGAAAACUGUAAGUCAUCUCCAGACAAUAUAGCAUUGAAGUUUAAACAGUGGGAAAAUCCUGUCUUUCAGAACACUCACCUUCAGGAAGUGUGCAACAUCAGUUUGAAACAACAUCCAAGGAACGUGACUCAAGUAUAUAAUAUCAUUAGGCCAUAUCGAUUUGGAAAGUUUAUAUUUCAGAAUUUUUGUAUGUGUUCAGUAUCUGUGUUCAUGUUGACUUGUUUCCUGACUGAAUACAAAGUAUUCAAGUUUCUGUUCUGACCUGUUUUAGGUUGUGGGACAAGUGGACA